UCAUGUCAUCUCGGCGAAAGAAGACAGACAGUGAGACACCCACCAAAAUCUCAACGAUCUACACUAUAUAUACAUGAGUAAUGAGACUCGUUCAACCCAGAUCAAUCUCAUCUCCUCUCUACUUCUCUCUCUCUCUCUCUUCUACCCAUCUGUCGAUCAUGGCGCUCAUCAGAUCUUCCGCUUUGUUUUUGUUGGCCUUGUAUGUGUUUCUGUGCUGUUCUUGGAGGGCCGUUCAUGGCAGAAGAAUAAUGGUAGGAGGAUGGACUGAAGUCCAAGACGUGGGGUGCAACGACGAGGUUCAAGAAGUGGGGAGGUUUUCGGUGGAUGARUUCAACAGAAAGCAGCACCAAGAAGCUGAAGCGCGUGGCCAGGGCAGCAGCAGUAAUGGAGGAGAUCUGGUGUUCUCGGAGGUUGUAAUGGCUAAGCAACAAGUGAUCACUGGGGUCAAGUACUACUUGUAUAUCGAGGCUUUCCGAGAUGGCUUUCGCCAGAGGUUUGAUGCUAUUGUAGCGGUGAAACCAUGGUUACAGUCUAAGGAGCUCCUCAUCUUCUCUCCUUCCUCUGGUUACAGAUCAUAGUUUGCUAAUUAUGACGAGGUGUGUCGUGUAUGUGGACUACAGAAACGAUCGACCAUCAUGGCCUUAUAUUAGUUUAAUUAAUCUUCUCUUCCUUGGGAGAGGGGAGUUGAUGUAUGUGAUUGUGUAUCGAUACUCUGUUGAUGUUUGUUAAGUGUAAAAUGAAUAAACCCAUAAGCACAUGAUAUGGGGCUCUUGGUUAA